AUGUCAACCCCCAUAAGUCCAAGUCUUGGAUGUGCACGUUUGGAGCUACGAAACACUCAAUGCACACCUUUAACAGUACCCGAUGGGAUGAAACUUUUGCGGUAUGCUGUUUCUUCUGGAGACUCCGAUAAAGUUUAUAAACUCUUGAGAUGUUCACAUAUAUCACCGAUUGAUCAUGGAACCGAUAUGCCUGUUAUCUGCAAGGCAGCUGGAAAAGGUUAUACAGAUAUUGUUGGUCUUCUCAUCAGACAUGGUGCAUCAGUUAAUACAAGGUCAACCGAAGGUUCUACACCCUUAAUAUAUGCUGCUGAUGGUGGCCAUCUCACUGUUUUGUCAUUGCUCUUAGAUGCAGGAGCUUUAGUCAACACGAUUAAUUGCCAUGGUGAAUCUGCCCUUACCCGGGCUACUCGUCGCGGAUGGGUUCAUUGUGCACGAUUUCUUUUAAGCCAUGGAGCUAAUCCGAAUCCGAUGCCAUCUGAUGGACAUACUUUUGUAGUAUCACCACUGCAUUUAGCUCGCCAAAUGCACCAAACAGUUAUAGAACAAGAUAUUCUAAAAAGAACAGUUGAGAUUGAUAAAGCUGUUGCUGAAAUAGUAUCAACGACUCUACCAAACCAUCUGACUUUGGUAGAACCAGGACAUUUACCAGACACAAUAUCUUUGAGUUUGUUUCCCGUUCAAAUUCUCUCUUCAGAAGAACUUAGUCGCUUUGUCCUUUAUUUUAAAACACCUCCUGAAUAUGGUUCACGCAGUUCACGAACCGGAAGUAAAGAAUCUUCCAGUGGUUCAACACCAUCCGACGAGCUUAUAUUUGUAUAUGUAAUUCGAGCACAAUUAUCCGAUAAUCAUGUCUCUUGCUGGCUCACCGGGCCUCCUAUGGAAUCAUUGUCAUUGAGUUUUAAUGGAACAAAAAAACACUGUACAGUAAUACCGUUGUCAUCUGAGUAUCCUGGUAUUUGCGUGUAUUCAGUAUCUACUGUAAUUAGGAGUGGUGGACUCAAUACUAUCUGCCUAGAGCUACGCACGCAAGAUCCUUCAGUCAGUGAAAUAGUUCAGAGCGCAUCAUAUGAUUCAGUUGUUCUUGUUGGUGCCUAUCGUAUUCGUCUGGACGUAACCUCUUUGAUAAUGGCCUCAAUGAAUCCAGUUUCAUUAACUGGACCUACUAAAGCAAGUGUAUAUAUUCCCAGAUCAACCAUAUGA